AUGGCUUUUCGACAGGACAGAUUUGUUGAAUUCAGCAAAGAUGCGAUCAGAAUUGAAGAUGCUGCAACAGUGCAGAAGAAAGCUUUCUCCAAAGCAAUAGGCUUUGGAAAUGUCUUACAAAAGACCGAGGAAGAGGCUGUACAGAUGUUAAAAUGUGAUAGACGCGAAAACGACCUAUUAAACGAAGCUUGGGAGAAGGCAAAAAAUGAGCUGGAGAAACGCCAUAUCAAGCCUGGUGAUAAAACUGCCUUUCUUUCCGCUCAUUGUCAAAUUGCUGUAUUCGCAUAUACCUUGGAAAAGCCUGACCUGUAUCGGUAUUUCAAUAUUGACAGUCGCGAAGUUACUAAUUUUUUUGUUUGGGAAAACUUUCAAUACAAAGGUUUAUGGUUACUUUUGCAUAAAGCUGUGGCAUCAAAAGCAGCCAUUUAUGAUGCACCUUUUCUAGUUUAUCGAGCAUGCACGGCGGAGUUCGCAGUAGAAAUUGGUUCAAAAAUAAUGUUCCAGCAGUUUACUUCUACUACCAAGAAUAAGAAGGUGGCCGAGAGCUUUUUGAAGAAGAAGCCUGGGACUAUGUUUAUUCUAGAGGUGACCGUUGCCCUGGCUGUGGAAAGUUUAUCUGCCUACCCAUCCGAAGGUGAAUUCUUAGUUUCCCCCAAUAAUGGAUUCACAGUUACUGAUGUAAAACAAAAUAGGCUACGAAGGAAAUUUAUUUAA